AUGGCGCAAUUUCAGCAGUCAAUCACCGCUGGGACGGCGGUUGCGACGACGCAGUCUCAGGAUCUGAUGGAAUCGAAUGGCGAAGUUUCUUCGCAGGCUCCUCCGAAGCAGGUGGCUCUGGCCAUGGAGCGGCUGGCUUCCGCCGCCCGAAUCAUAGCCGACAUUCGGCUUGGUGCCGACCGCUUGCUGGAGGCGCUGUUAUUAUCGGCCGACGAUCCUCAGCAGUCGAUUGACAGGGUCGCCCAGCUUCUCCGCAAGGAGGACACCUCGAUGCGCCAGCACUUCAACGAUCUCCGCGGACUCGUCUUGGGGAUUGCACAUGCCCCUUGUUUGCCCGGAUGGUGCAGUUGUUGCAUAUGCAUGGAAACGACAACUUGCAGGACAGCUCUCAAGGCAUUCACUGAUCAGAAAAAGCGAUUUUUCCCUCACCUAGAAGAUGAAGUAUCAGGAGAUGGAGAGCCUGAAAAUGCCAAAAAAUGGUUAGACUCCCAAGGUUCUGUCAGGACUCGAAAAGCUGACCAUAAGGAGAAGAUGUCAUUAUUUGAGGUUCUCAAAGAUUUGGAGUGUGAGUUCCCAAAUAUAAGAAUCUUCACUUAUCAGCGUCUAGAUUGGUCAAAAAGAGCUUCUUCAUUGUCCUCUAUUGUAAGUGAAAAUUCAGACUCAUUUAAGAAUCAGAGUUUGAAUCACUCAAGCUACACAAGCGCUGGGGUAUCUAAUGUUGCUGUAGUAGAUCAAGCAGCUGUGAUUGAAUUGCUGGUUCCUUUUAUCUUCAGAGCUGUGGUAUCAUUGCAUCCGGCAGGCUCCAUAACCCCUGAUGCCCUGGCAUUUUUUUCUACUGAUGAGGGUGGCAACUACAUGCAUUCAAGGGGUGUAUCAGUACAUCAUGUGUUUAGACAUGUCACAGAGAAUGCUGAUAGAGCAUUGCAGUACUUUCUCAGUGUGGAAAGUAAUCAUUCACUUACUCUACUUCUGCGUUGGAUCUGCAGCCAUCAAACAUUAUUUUCAAAAACAUGCAGUAAAUGUGGUCGUCUUUUAAGGAUGGACAAGUCACUAGCUUUGCUUUUGCCUCCUGUUCAUCGUGCCUUUUGGGAAAUGUCUGCAUCCAAUUCUAGCCAAAUGAAAUUGGCUCCAGAUUCUGUUUCUGCUUAUCAUAUUGGGUGUUCUGCUGAUGAAUUCUGAUGAAAUUAACACCUAUUGUUGUCAGCUUAAAACGUCCUAAAAUAGUGCUACUGAUGAAAUCUGGCUAAAUCUAUCGACAUCUUCGAGGAGACAAUAUCAAGUCAUCCAUAGGCUUCUUGAAGGCACAUAAUUAAGCUGAACCAACCAAUAGGAAGAGGGAAGUCAGAUUUAACUAGUGUUUUUCCUCUCUCCAAACAAUUUUUUGAGUAUUUAGUUUGCUGAGGUGAGAUCAAAGUUGUCAUUUCCUUUUUGUGUGGCAACUCUGAGUAGUUGUUGCCCAAUCUAGUUUCCAUGACAGAUGAGACUUAACAUGUGACCUAGACGUUCUGUAAAUCCCUCUCUCUCUUCAUUGAUCUAUGAACAUUGAAUGGCAA